GGCGGUCAGUGUGUGCGCAUCCCAGGACGCAACAUCAGUGUAGCUGGGGCUCAACUUUCAGCUGAUCGCUUCACUUCGGACGCUUUGGGAAACUUACGACAAUGGGUUGCUUUGAGUGCUGCAUCAAAUGUUUAGGCGGAGUGCCGUAUGCGUCGCUGGUGGCUACAAUCCUCUGCUUCUCUGGCGUUGCCCUGUUCUGUGGAUGUGGCCAUGUGGCUCUCACUGGCACAGUGACCAUCCUGGAAAACCACUUCUCGAAGGUCACCGAAGAUCACGCCAUGCUGACUGAGGUAAUACAGCUGAUGCAGUAUGUCAUCUAUGGCAUUGCUUCGUUUUUCUUCCUGUAUGGGAUCAUUCUGCUGGCUGAGGGUUUCUAUACGACCAGUGCAGUCAAGGAGCUGCACAGCGAGUUCAAGACCACCAUCUGUGGACGCUGCAUCAGUGGAAUGUUUGUGUUCCUCACAUACAUUCUCGGUGUGGCCUGGCUCGGUGUGUUUGGCUUCUCCGCUGUGCCCGUCUUCCUCUUCUACAACAUGUGGUCUACCUGUGCUGCCAUGAAGUCUCCAUUGGCCAACCUUACCAAUGACUCCAUCUGUGUGGAUGUUCGUCAGUACGGAAUUAUUCCAUGGAACGCCACACCAGGAAAGGCCUGUGGAAGUACGCUAGGUGACAUCUGCAACACCAGUGAGUUCUACCUGUCUUAUCACCUGUACAUCGUAGCGUGCGCCGGGGCGGGAGCCACUGUGAUCGCUCUGAUCCACUUCCUCAUGAUUCUCUCAGCAAACUGGGCCUACCUUAAGGAUGCCAGUCAAAUGCAUGCCUACCAAGACAUCAAAAUGAAGGAAGAGCGGGAGCUGCAGGACAUCACCUCACGCUCAAAGGAAUGCCUCAAUUCCUACACAUAAGGAUAUCACACACUCACAAUCCACACACACACAUACACACACAUAAAGACACACAAACACUGCGGCCAGCCACUGUGGCCCUCUUGGACCAAGACAACGCUCAGCUAAAAUAACCUGCCAACUGCCGUGACACUGUGCAGUACUAACCAGGCUCCUAACAAACUAAUGCAUCAGUGUUGCUUUCUGCACUAACUCACCAAGAAGUGUUUUGGAACUGCUACUUAAAAUUUCAUUUAUGCUGUUUUUUUUUUUUUUUUGUUUUUUUUUUAAUAUUCUAUAUUUCUGAAUGAGAAAAAAAGUGAAUUCUGAUAUUCGUGUAGUGUUUGAUUUUCUCUCGCCCUUUUUUAUAGCCGGUUUUUCGCUGGCGAAGCUUGAGACAUUGCACUAUUCUUACACAACGCAUAACGAUGACAUGUUUGUUUUACAGUCUUGCUUUGUCUUUCUUUCUGAGCUGUGGUGGCCAGUUUUCAACAAUUUAACAUUUUAUUUCUUGGCUUUUUUUCAGUUUGAAAGAAAUGCAAAGUAAUUAUACACAACAUGAAAGGCCUUACAUUCAGAGUGUCACUUGAAGAUGGCAUGUCAGAGGAACCGUCAAAUUAUAAGACUGUGGCAUGUCAUGUUUUGCUUUAACUUCACAGUAUGAAAAGAGGUUAAAUGUAAAAUGUGGACCCAGUUCUGUUGUAAAAAAAAAAACAAAAAACAGUUGUAUUUAACUGUAUCUUAAAUGGGUAGUUCACGCCCAGCUCAAAAAUACAUAUUUUUCCAGUUACCUGUAGUGCUAUUUAUCAAUCUAUAUAGUUUUGGUGUGAGUUACCAAGAUGUCUGUCCCCUCUGGAAUAUAAUUAAACUCAAUGGCACUCUCAAAAAAAAAAAAAAAAAAUUUGAAAAACUCAACAGCAAUGUCUCAUUCCAGAAACUAUGGACCUGUUACUCAAGACAAUCCACUGACCUUGCUGUGAGCAGUUUCAUUUGGAACUAUUUUCUAUCUACCAAACUAUACCCGUCAACUGUCUCACUGUUUUGAAGUUUAAGAAAUCUCUACAACCGAUAUCUCUCCGGCCGAUAUCUCCAACCCUCUGCAACUCGCACUGAAACAAUUUGAUUAAUAAAUAGCACCACAAGUAAGAAAAAAAAAACAUACUUUUGGUUUUAGGUUGAACUGUCCCUUUAGUCCUUGGAAUUAUCUUAGUGUUAAUAAUUGGUUUUAGAUUCAGAUUUUCAUCGUACAGCUACUAAAAGGUCACUCAGAACAUUCAUGGCCUACAUUAACACUACCUCAGGUGUGCACUAGAGCCUAUGGAACAAUGUAACUGAUAAGAAACCAACACUUUUCCUUUGUUAACUGGUUCAAAAAUCCCAUUAUAAUCCUAAGAAGACACCUCAGACACAAUGAAAGGAUGUAUUCGGGUAAACAAAGCACAUACACUCUGAAAGCUCCUCGACAUCACAGUAUCAUAGGAUUUAAUCUUUAAGGAUAUGCCAGAAGAAUAACUUGCUUGCUUAAUGUGAAUUGCUGCCAAUAAUUAGACAGAAAGAUAUUCAGUGUAUUCAGUAUCUUAAAAGUUUGUUCCACGUGUAUUCAUUUAUGCAAAUGAAAAAGAAAAAAUAAGGCUUGCCAACACAGAGAGCGCUCUGAUCCUUCGGAAAUGCUUUUUAGCUCAUUAUCUAUUGUAAUAUCUCAUCAUAUAUUGUAAUAUAUGAUCAAAAUUUACUUGAUUUUGAAAAAUCUUAUACUGUGUCCCAUGUGCAUUGGUACAGUGGAAAAACCUACAGAACUUAAGGUGUGAAAAGUGUAAAGUUGUUACAAGUCAGGAUGUUUUGUGUUUUUUUUAAAGAUAAAACCACUUAAUUUUUUUUCUUAAUUUUCUAUUAUUGCACCAGUUUUUGAUGUGCAAUUGUCAUUAUGCUGACAUAAUUACUCAUGUAAUCUUUUAUUGCUAUUAGCUGAGUUACAGGGAUAAGUUUCUUUGUUGCAUGAAGACAACUGUUUCUGCAGUGACACACGUGAUGUACAGUCAUGUAUACUGACAUCAGUAGUAGGCAGUGUUUGCCUGUUUCCUUUUUUCUAAAUGCAUACAAAUUAAUCCAUUUUAUGUAGCUGGUUAGUUGUAGUGUUUUUCUAGGUUCUUUUAUUCAAGUCAAAAGUAUAUGAGUAUUAUAUUAUGUUGUUGUCUGAUAGUUUACCUGUAUUUUCUAUGAAUGUCAAGGGCUUCCUCGAGAAUUAAUGAUGCUUAAAUUUUAACUCAUCUAUGGAGAAAGAUUUGUGUCAAUAUUAUUUCUGUGAACAGAUCGAAAGUCCAGGUUUUAAUUUGUAAUCUGUAUAUAUAAAACACUUCCCACAAAUACAAAAAAAAAAGUUUCUGAAACUCACAAAAAUAUUUUGCAAAUAUACAACGGCUCUGCAAGCACACAAAAAAUUCCACAAAUUAAAAAAAAUACAAUGUCACUAAUAAAUUGGUAGCAUUGUUGAAUAUCUUACUAACAUUUACAAUUGAUAUUUGUAAAUCCAGUUUUAAUGUGUGAAUCUCUUUUGGGUUGUGGAUUUGCAUUUUAAGCACACCUUUUUUUAUUUGUGAAAUGUGUUUGUUUUCAGAUCUUUGAGAUCGUUCCGAUUUGCUAAAUAUUUGUGUGAGUUUACAAAUCUUUUUUUGGAAUUGUUAUUUUACAUUUACAGAUUACACAUUUACACACAGGUUGUCGACCCCGCACACAAACAAUCUUGACACAAAUCUAUCUCAAUACUCAACUUUCAGCUAACAAUUAGUUGCAAUACCAGUCAUUUAUAAAAUUGUAUGGCAAUCUAAAUGUAGCCAAAGUAUGAAUGCCAUUGUGAUUCUCUGCCCAGUGUUUAACACAGUAUCUGUGAGAUAUUGUAGUACAAAACCUGCAUAGCUCUCUGCAGGACUAAUAGACAAAGGUGUGCAUUUGCCAAGGAGAAAGAUGAUAGAUGAACAGCUAAAGUACAUCUUAUCUUUGUAUGCUGUGUUUCCUGUUGAACCAACCAAAAACUAAAGAACAAAGGCUACCCAUCAAUCACCAGGAGGACAACAAUCCAGCAUCCUGUCUGACUGGAAACCCCUUUAUGACAUUACUCAACUGGCCUGUUGACUGUUUUUAUGAAAAUUUAAAAAAUAAAAAUAAAUUAAAAACUUCA